UACAGCGCUCCUCCACGUAGGCUCCGUUCACACCAACGGGCUACGCGGUGAGACCGCCCGGGCGGCGCGGCUCGGAGGAGAUAUUCGUACCCAACAACAAAUGGCCGGGUCCGUUCACCCUUGGCGAAAAAAGAGCCCCGCAAUAAGCAGCGCCGACGGACACUCGAUUUAUUUCGAUCCUUUUCAUGGCUUCUGACUCCUGGAGCGAAGAGGGAAAUCCGGGGAGCGAGUCGUGGAGACUCCUGGGCCCGGCCUCGGAGCUAGCCCAGCGGCCGUGCCGGCUGCUGUACUCCUCCCUCGGCCGCCGUGCGGACGUUUGCCUCUUCCACGUUAAAGGCGAAUUCUUUGCGAUGGACGCCCGUUGUUCUCACGCCGGUGGCCCUUUGUGUGAUGGAGACAUCGAGGAGGCUGACGGCGUCCUGCAGGUCUUCUGUCCCUGGCACGACUAUGACUUUAAUCUGAGAACAGGGCUGUCAGGAACCGGUCUUCAGCAACAAAUCUAUGAAGUCAAGCUGGAGGACGGUAGUGUGUAUGUGAAGCACGCAGGUCCUCUCUCCUUACAGCCUUUUCCUGCAGACCAGAAGAGGUGAACAUCUUGAAUGGUUGUUUUGUCCUUUGACUUUCUCCCCCUCGUUGGGACCACUGACUCCCUGAUUGUGGAGCCUCCUGCAUAUAGCAAACCUGUUAUGGCCAUUGUUAAGAUUUAUUUCACAAACCAAAGCCGUCCGAGACAUUCCUAAGCUUUAUCUAUAGUUUUUCAGGAACUUUUCCACUUGGAUCAUCUGGAGCUGCUGUGUAAUCUGUUCAAUAUCGAGGAGGAUUGUCUGAAGGGGACAUGACAUCAUUGAAUUUUAUUUGAGCUUUUUUUUUUUUCUGCCAAGAGACUGGGUUGCAAACCACGUCUGAUGCUAAAACAAGAGUCUGGAGCUGUUUAUAGCACAUCAGCGAGUAGUAAUGUCUCUGAUUCAGUCCAGCAUUAAGUAUAAUUUUUACUUCCACAUCCAUAUUGCACAACCAGCUAGCAUUAUUGACUAUUUGGUAUUCUCUGGAGAUUUGCGUAUUGGAUUUCUAAAUACUAGUCCAUAAUUUGACGUUUUAAUAUCUUCUCUGAGAAUGACAGCAGCCAUGGUAAAGCUUCAUUUUUGAUGGUAUCAUGUUGACAUUGAGGUAUCCUCUACUGCACAGCGCUGCCCUCAUGCAGGUGGUAAUUUUUGACCAUUUUGGAUUUUCAAAGUUUAAUAACUUUGUGGAAAAAAAAAGAUAGACAUGCCGCUCCCUGAAUGCUCCUAAAAUUGCAUAUAUUUUGCAUUAAAAUUAGUUUUAGAUCAAUUGCACACAAAAAUGUUACGAUAAGAUCGACCUAAAACGACUGAGCAGUCAAAAUGACCGCGCGUAAUUUGCACAUCAUGUCAUUAUUUAUGACGUGGGUCAUUUCCUUCAUGAAGUUCAUUGCUCUGUCCUAGAAACACACUAGCAUUCUCCAGUGCAGAGUAAUAGUCUAAACUUGAUUUUUGAUUAUUGCCAACAUGUCUGGGUACAUCUGCUCGUUUUCCGUAAAUUUUCCAAUGUCCCAUGCUAAUCCUCACAAUGUGGACUACUUAACCAACUAUGCCUCUUCUUUGUCUGUAUUUUCUCCUUCUUCAUGACUUUUUUUUUACCAUUGCUUCCCAAAUUAGUGUAAAUUCAACCCUUAUUCUUGUGACUGAAAUAACUCCUAUCCCAAAAUCUUCUCUCUACUAUUUUGGUGUUAUUAUGGUGUCCCCUCAGAUUCUAAUAGAGAGUAUGAGUCGUUGUCUGCAAAGAACAAGUUUCACAAGCUAGACUUUGACACUUUACUGAAGGAGGCCCAGAAAACUCUGAAGAGGUAACAAGAGGCCUGCCACUGGAGGUAACAAACACUUACCUCAGAGCUGUUGGGUGGCGCCACACCUCCAACGCUGCCUUUCAUAGACACAUAUACAUACAGGGCCCUGUGAUGGACUGGCGGCCUGUCCAGGGUGUCUCCCCGCCUGCCGCCCAGUGACUGCUGGGAUAGGCUCCAGCACCCCGCGACCCCAAUUGGGAUAAGCAGCUUGGAUAAUGGAGUGUCUGGGUACAGCCGCCGUUUCAGACGCGCCAUGACUACCACCGAGGCAUUGCAGUAUUUACAGGCGUUGGACAGCAGCCAUUUUAAAUUGUU